UUGAGCUGAAUUGAACAAAUUACAAUGAUUUAUUAAUUGUAUUUUACUUUGUUUUGUUUGAAUAAAAUCAGCUUUGAAUCACUGAGUAGAACUUAAUUAUAUUUUAUCAGUUACAUUAACGAUGCAGAAAAUUGAUAAAUUUGACUCAUUGGGAUGUCUUUAGUUUUAAUCACUUUACUACACUUCCGCCCACGGCAUUUUGGCGCCACAUGGACUUCCAGCAUUGUCUGCCACACAUUGAGGGACCGACAUUUUACCGUUUUCACAAAGGUGCAUCAAGAGUCUUUGACUGAAAUCUAUCAACAGGCUGGCAGAGAUGUAGGCAAAGCUCCGAGUGAUGAUUGAUGACCGAAUUGAGAAGUUGGUACUUCCAUCAGGAAUCCCGCAGUGUACAGUCAGAUGAUUUAACCCAGAAGAUCCAGGAUGAGUUUCACAGAAUCACAACUGUGCACCUUGAAUCAAAGUGCAUGUCCAAGCUGGAUGAAUACACUCCCAGGCUUCUGAACCUCUUCUACUCCAAGGGCGGAACCAUGGGGUUGAGGCUGCAGGCUAUCCUACUCAAGGCCCCAAGCCUUCCAAGCAUCAACAUGACCAGAGAUGUUGUCAUUCAGUGUUUGAUGGUGUACCUUGGGGAAUCGACGGAUCAACUCUUAAAAGAGUAUGAUGAUGCUGAUGAAGACAGUGUGUCACAGGACCUUGCUGUACAGAGGAUGAAAAUCUACAACAUCAAGACUAAUACGUCAGAGGUUCCCGACGACAUCGGUAUUGUGAUCGAGGGCAUGAAAGUUCUGACUGCUCUGGGUAACUUUCCAAGGGCUUGCUCCUUGCUCGUUGGGUUGGCAUAUGCAGUGAACCUCGCCUAUCCAAAGGAGCUCAGGUACACGCUUGAAGUCUUCCAGAAACUCUGCCUCAAGGUGGAUUGUUUGAAUUUGUCCCCAAAAGUGAAUAGCCUCUAG